AUUAGAGACAUAGGUUUUAAGUGAUAUUUAUACGAGUUAAAUGAUAAUUGAUCUUCUCCUGAAAUUGUAUUCUGUCACUUCCAAGGUUUGAAAUUAACAUUUCUAAUUCAUUGGAGACACUACAUCCAUUGUCUGAAAUACAGGCACACACCUGAAGUUUAACAUAGUUUUUCUUUAGACCACCGUGGCAAAUGCUAUAAAAUGGCCUCAAAGGCUCAAUUCCGCACUCAAAAUCAGGUAACACAAAUUCCGCUCACAUCAAUCCAUGAUAAAAAUGAGGUUUAAUUGAAAACCUUCUCUGAAUUGUCAAUUCCUUAUCCAAUCCAAAAACCCUUCCCCUGCCUACUUUCCAUUCGACUUUGCUUUGCAGUGAAAUUUUAACGGUGUCGAGCUACUCUAGCUAUGCUUUGACAUUGGUCGGCCGGUAAGAAUAGCACACCUCACCAGAUCAUGCCUCUUGUUGGCAUGAGUGAAAUGCACUUGGGGACAGCUUGAGAGGUGUCAUUGUUAAGCGGUAGCAGGCGUUGUGUAUGUAGUGUGAGCCCAGAGCAUUGACACCGUAGGAUUGCAAGUGUCCUCAGUGUCGACUGAAGUAGCAUAGCCCACUGGAUAUUCUAGAAUUGGAUUUCUUUCAUGAGAAUAACUUUGUCUUGAUCGUUUUGAGGGUUUGCUUUUGUUUCCUUUUAAGUCUGGGUUAUUGAUCGAUUACAAACAUGGGCAUGCUGGAUGCAGUCCUUGUCGCCAUAAGCCACAACAUCUCCUUUGUGGGUAAAACCUGGUGGCUACUCAUGGUAGGCCUACGUCUUAUUGUGGUCCUGCUGGCCGGCUUCACCCUCUUCAGUGAUGAGCAGGAGCGCUUCGUCUGCAACACCAUCCAGCCGGGUUGCUCCAACGUCUGCUUCAACCUGUUGGCGCCCGUUUCCCUGUUCCGCCUCUGGCUGCUCCACAUCGUCCUCCUGUCUCUGCCGUACCUCAUGUUCGCUACACACAUCGCACACAGGCUCCUGUGGGAUCCCAACUCUGGAGCGGGCUACGUGGCGAUAAACCGCCAUGGGAGUCAGGGAAGCCCUUGCUCCACGCCUGAGAUUUCCCAGUUCCUCCUUCUUCAUCAUCAUCAUCUUCCUGGGCAGGACCCCUCCCAGUGCGUGCGGCCCGUGCCGAGCUUCCACUAUGCCUACCUAUUGGUCGUGACCGUGCACAUCCUGAUGGAGGCGGCCUUCGUGGCGGGUCACGUCCUGUUCUUCGGGUUCUUCAUCCCAAGAAGCUUCCUGUGCUACGAGGCCCCGUGCACGUCGGGCGUGCAGUGCUACGUCUCCCGGCCCACAGAGAAGACGCUGAUGCUCGACCUCAUGCUGGGCCUGGCCUGUCUGUCAGUGGUGCUGAGCCUGGUGGACCUUGUGGCCGGCGCACGCCGGGCUCUGAGGCGGCGGAGGAGAGCGACGUCUGUGUCGGAGGAGAUGGGCAAAGGAGAGCAGAGCAGCGUGUCCUCCAACGUGAGUGGUGCAGGAGACCUCAACCUCCUCUUGAACAAGAGGAUGGCCAACGGGUUUGAGAGCGACAUCCAAGCCACGCCUAGGUCCUCUACAGACAGUGUGCCUAAUGUCGCCGCCGCGCUGAAGGGCGAGGCAGAGGGUAAGGCUGGCAAGCUGACCGACGAGAAGGGCUUGCCGUGGCAACACAGUGCCAACGGAAAGAUCGGGUUCUCGACGAAUCCAAAAGCCAUGCCGCUGCCCUUCGUCGUCCACAACCAGCAGAAACCUCCAGAGUUGGCUUCCCUGGACGGCAGCCUAGCACCGAGGCUGGAGAACUUCACCCCGGCUGACACUAGGAAACAGGGCCAGCUAGCCUCAAUGGAGUCCACCUCUACCUCCAGGCAGAACUCUACCCCCAGUGAGGGUCCUGACAAGAGGGCUUGGGUUUAGAACAAAGCAAAUCUCCAGAAACUGUAAUGUUGAAUUGUAGCUUUUAAACUGUGAAUGCAUGUAAAGAGUUGGUUUCUGUACCUUUUAUUUAAUGCAAUGAUGAUAAUAAUAAUCAUUGUUUUUCAAAGUAAUUAUUACAAGGUCCCCACAUGAGUUUCAAAGUUGGUUAAUAUUAUGUGUUUAUUUUCUUAUUUUUAGUUUUAUAGUUUUAUCAGGAAUAAUUUAAUGAUGUAGAAAACAAGCCCUGGAAUGUAGUUUUAACACUUGAAUGCUCCUUUUAUAAAAGUGGUGUAUUAUAGCCCCACUAGAUACAAAUGUGCAAAUAAAAACUGGCUGGUGCCAUUAUUUGCCCAAGCGUUCCUCAUAAAUACCAGACAUAAAAAAAACAAGCUAACCUUGGAGAUACAGUGGUUACAGAACUCAGCUGUUGGGGUGACUGAGUUCAGCCACUAAAGACACUGACCUGACCUCUGAACCUCUGACAUAGCCAUGUAUUCUCUCAGUCAUGUCAGUCAGCCCUGACCUAGUUGAAGACGACCAUCGCCAUUUGACGUAUUGCAACCUCCUCAACUGACCUGCAUCUCUGUGGUGGUCUUUCUUUUUCUAUCCAUGUCUGUCCAUCUGUCUCCUAUGUAUCUGGCCAGCUAGCUACAUAUACAGAGCUAUUACAUUUGUUUUUUCUUUUUAUCAUUAUUUAAAGUAUUAUACUAUACUAAGUGUUUCACUUUUUUAGCUAAGCCUUUUUUAGUUUGCUAAAGGAAAGGCUACCGCCUGUGUGAUAUUCAUUUUGGCCCCCUAGCGCGCGCACACACGCACACGCACACGCACACGCACACGCACACACACAAACACUCAUACUGCCCCAUUCUUCUGCUUUGGCAUGUGGCGUGGCUUUAAGGAGGGGUGAGGGUGACCAAGAGUCAGGUGCCCAGAGAACAAGGCGUCUGUCCUGAUGACCACCGCAAACCCAGUGACCCUACUGACGCCUAACACACUUCAGGAGGAAACUAAAUACUCACCAACACACACAAACAAUAUGCAAGGGUUGAUUUAAGUGCAAACAUUCCACACACAAUAAUUCUAAAUAUGUAUUCUAUGCGUCGAUCAAGGUAAGAGUGAUUUACUUAAAUAAAUACAUUGAACAACACAUUUAUAUUGAUUUGAGUUGAAUGAUUUUAAGUAGUAAGAUCCUACCGGACAAAAAAUAAAUAUUCACAAGCGGUGAGAUAUUCAUAGUCGGGUUAACUGCCAGAGAAGCUUUUUUAAACCAUUUUGACAAUAUAAUUGUAUGUGAUGUAUGUAUAUAAAUUUAUAAGAUUAAGAAAGAAUUCCAACCUGGCAUCUUUGGCAUCUGGUGGAGGAGUUUUGAUAGUUUUGCAUCAUUAGGCCAAAUCAUUAAGACUGGUUUAUUUAUAUUUAUAUAUAUAUAUUCAACCUACCAUAUACUGUACAGCAGAUUUCUAAAAUCUUCCUUGUCAUCUACCCAUCUGUCAAUGUAACGGAUGAGUGCCAAAUGAAGUCCUAUAUUGGCUGCCAAGCAGCCUCGUAAUUUGUACUAGAAAUAGAAAUA